AUGGAGGCUCAUCCAUCCGUACAAAUCUCAGAAUGUCGAUCGAUCGAUCCAUCAAUCGAGGAAGUGUGGGAAGUUUGGUUGCCUUUAGACAGUGUCAAACCAUUAACAGCGAAGACGCAGAGGAACCUCACAUUGUCGGUUCAAAACGACAUGAAGCCCGGUGCAGCUUCGUCAGCGGUUGGGACAAUCGCGAUCUGCACCGAUGAGUGCUGGCUAGCAGGAUUUCCUCCUCCAUCCGAACCGCUACGCUCCUCCGCACCGCUUCAAGCGCAACCGCUUUUAUACCUGCACCGCGCUUCAAGUCAGUUUAAAGGCAGCACACCACGAAUCUGA